GGACCUUUUCAAUGCCGCGUUCAUGUCAGUAUGGACGGAAUUAACUGAAGAAUUGCAGGACAAACUUACUGUAUCCUUAUUGACUGCUUUGGAAACAAGCAACCAUCCAGAUGUUACACAGACUAUCCUCAACCUUGCUGAGUUCAUGGAUCAUUCUGAGAGAGGUCCUUUACCGAUCGCGUAUGACAGAUUAGGCAAAAGUGCUGAGGAAACAAAAGCAUACGCCAAAGCAUUGCGUUACAAAGAGCUCCAAAUUCACAAACAUUUCAACAGAGGUGGAGAGGGUUUAACUACGGAGGACUGUCAAUCUCUUAUCACAUAUGCAAACAAAUUGAAUGUACAGGAAGAGGCGGCAGGUGUUGUACGGUAUGCUGAGCAGCAUGAAAUGGUCAUUCCUAUGCUUGGACGAUGGUAUGAGAAACUAAACGAGUGGGAAAAGGCUCUUGAAGCAUACAUGGCACUAGGGCGUUGGGGUGAGCUAAACGAACGUGCUCGAUCUGUGCAGCAUAAGGACCAAAAGGUUGCAGUCAUGGCGGCACGUGGAGCAUGGGCAGUUGGCGAAUGGGAAGCAAUGAAAGACUAUGUCUCACAGGUUAACGAAAAUACUCAAGAUGGUGCGAUGCUUCGCGCUGUCCUGGCCGUAAAGAACGACCAAUAUGAUGUGGCGAUUAAUUAUAUCGACAAGGUUCGAGAUAUGUACGAUAGCGAACUAACUGCUAUGGCUAGCGAGAGUUACGAACGUGCUUACGGGGCAAUGGUCUGCGUACAGCAACUGGCCGAACUAGAGGAGGCUAUCGAGUUUAAGGCAAUUCGACCGGAAAGGCAAGCACGAAUUGCUUUGUUAUGGAGUCGCCGUCUUCAAGGUUGUCGACAAAACAUUGAACAAUGGCAACGAUUGCUUAUGUCAUUAGUACUGACGCCUCAGGAGAUGCACCCUUUGCGCGUAAAGUUCUCGUCGUUGUGCCGUAAACAUGGGAAACACGUAAUGUGUCGGGAUGUCCUUCGUGAACUCCUCGGACUUGAUCCAGGUGCUCCGUUGCACAAAGCGGUUGCACCAUACGAUAAACCUCAGUUGGUGCUAGCAUUGUGCAAGCAACUGUGGAUGGACGAUUAUCGAAAUGAAGCGGUACGUACAUUGGAAGCCCUUGUUAACCAUUUGGAUCGACUUCCUCCUAAUCAUACUCCAGAAGCUGCUCGAUUAUGUGCAAAGAUUUGGUGUUCAUCGUUUUUACAUGCGCGUUUACAAGUUCAGGCUUGGCACAAACUCGCAUCUGCAUACUUCACUGCUUUGUCCCGAGACAAGGAACUAUCUCAAGCAGCAGCAGCUGCUGCAGUACGAGCUCCACACACUCGUCUCAUUCAUCCCACUCCUCCGCCACCUAUUCAACAACCGCUGGGUAUGAUUCCACCAGUGGGUGCCACUGGACAGUCAGCGCAGGUGGCCGCAUCUUUAAUUCCAGUACCAGUGAAUACUACAGUUCCACUCCUUCCCGUUAGUGCACUUCCACCUCCUGGUGCCCCUCCGUGUCCAAUAGUCCAGUUGAUGCCACCACAACUCAGUCCCAUGCCGUUGCACAAUACCUCAUUAGUGACUCCACCGCCACCUGUUGUUCCAGUGAACAUUGGUUAUGCGGUAUCAGCAGUUAAGUGCUUUACAAGAGCUCUACAGUUGGCUCCAGGUUCUCGCCUGGAAGAUACACUACGUUUGCUGCAGUUGUGGUUCGACUAUGGGGAGUAUAACGAAGUGUACAAGCAACUCAGUGAGAAUAUGAAAGGACUUCCUAUUGAAACAUGGCUAGAGGCAGUACCACAGCUCAUGGCUCGCUUGGACUCUCGAGACAGAAUGGCCUCGCUAAUAAAGCAAGUGAUCCUCGAAAUUUCCAAAAUGAAACCACAGGCAUUAGUGUACGCAUUAACGGUAGCUGCAAAGUCAACGAACAUUGAUCGCCAGAAGAACGCCCAGGAAAUGCUGGCGGCCAUGGCCGAAAUGCAUCCGAAAUUGGUUGAGGAGGCGAGUAUGGUGUCUGAGGAACUAGUUCGAUGUGCGAUUUUAUGGCACGAACAGUGGCACGAUGCUCUGGACGAAGCAAGUCGACAGUAUUUUCAAGAAAAAAAUACAGCGGCAAUGAUGGAAACACUUGAACCAACUUAUUAUUGCGAAUUAUCUGAUGCAUAUAAAUUCUGCCAAGCGUUCAAGCGUACCGAAAACGUCAAAGAGCUCACACAGGCAUGGGAGAUCUACUGUCAGGUUUUCAAAAAGAUCACUACUCAGUUACGGCAGUUAACUUCGCUGGAUUUGAAUUAUAUUAGCCCGAUGUUAAUGAAAGCAAAGCUUAGGCCGCCCUAUCUCUGUAUACAUAUUUUCGAAAUUACUUCUUUUCUCUUGAAGGAUCUUGAGCUUGCUGUUCCUGGAACAUACGAUCCCUCUCAACCCGUUGUUGGUAUUGCCUCUAUUGGAACCCAUCUACAAGUGAUUAGCAGCAAACAGAGGCCGAGAAAAAUGACUAUAAGAGGCAGCAACGGGCGAGAGUAUGCUUUCCUUUUAAAGGGUCACGAAGAUCCUCGUCAAGAUGAACGUGUGAUGCAGUUAUUUGGCCUUAUCAACACUUUAUUAAGGUAUUCAAUUGUUGCUCUGAGCCAUAAUUCCGGUCUCAUUGGGUGGGUGCCGGAUUGUGACACACUACAUUCACUUAUUCGGGACUACAGAGAUAAAAAAAAGAUCUCUUUGUCUCUUGAGCACAAGGUGAUGCAGUCUCUUGCACAGGAUACUGAACAGGUCACACUGAUGCAAAAGGUCCAACUGUUCGAACGGGCGCUGACAUCAACGACAGGUGACGAUUUGCAACAGAUACUUUGGCUGAAAAGCCCAAGCUCUGAAGUGUGGUUCGAUCGUCGAACAAACUAUACAAGAUCCAUGGCAUGCAUGUCGAUGGUGGGAUACAUCUUAGGAUUAGGCGAUAGACAUCCAUCAAAUCUUAUGUUGGAUCGUUUGACGGGUAAAAUUGUGCAUAUCGAUUUUGGUGAUUGUUUCGAUGUGGCUAUGACAAGGGAAAAGUUCCCGGAGAAAAUACCUUUUCGACUUACUCGUAUGCUUGUCAAAGCUAUGGAAGUAACUGGUAUUGAAGGAAAUUAUCGAUUUACUUGUGAACGCGUGUUGCGGUUAUUGCGAGCAAACCGUGAUAGUUUGUUGGCCGUUCUGGAGGCCUUCGUUUACGAUCCAGUUAUCAGCUGGCGGUUACUUGAAGGUUGCUUUUUCUCGUACAAUUUUAGAAGAACUUACAGCUUCUAA